GAGAGAUGCUUGUCCACUGCCCUGUCAUAGAUAUGGAUGUCCUUAUGUUCCAAGGAAAUGCUUUGUCUUCUACAGGAAGAAGGGGGACGAUUAAUUGUGUCAUCUUGGUUUCAAGCAAAAAGCCUGUUAAAAUCAUGCUAAUGCUUGAUCCAAAAAGGGUGUGGUUAGAGGUUGUUAGUCCUGGACCAUCACUAAUACUUGCCUUUCUCAGUGAUUAAAGACCCAGAUUAAGACCUAAACCAGAAGUCUUCUGUAUCUAUUUAGAAAUGGUUUGCUUGCAGUUCCUUUUAUUUCCUUACAGACCUUUUGUUUUUGUAUUGGAAAAUGAGAUGGAUAAUUUCCUCUUGCGUCUUCCAUUUAAAACAGGAGUUGUUGCUCUUGUUCAUAGUGUGACUAUGCAGCUGAAGGGUGAAAAAUUACACUGGAGAGGACUUUUCCUUGAAGGAACUGUGAGGUGAAGGACAGUGCCACUGAGUUCCAGAUUACUAGCCUUACCUAGUGAUUAGUUGCUGUUAUCUUUGGAAAAUUGAGAUUAAGGGUGUUGCUGCCAUCUGGGUAGCUCUUUACUGCAUUGCUGAGAAGAGAAAAAAAAUAACAGAAGUUAAAUUUCUGAACCUAGGAGAAGUGCACUGCCACAUAGCAAAAACACUGCAGACAUUAAAAAAUGACCCAGUGAAUAAUGGUGGCAGAAGUGUCUAAUGUGCCUGAAAAUGUAAUGAUUCUGGAUGAACUGGACCAGCGUAAAUUUGAGUUUCCUGAAGGCUUAACCUGUGAGGUGCCACCAGGAGGAGGUAAACAAAUGACAGAGUGAACAACUGGAGAGGUGAACUUCAGACACACAGGUUCUCAGUAGGGUAUAGUUUAGUACAGGUAUGUUAGUCCAUACAGAAUUCCCACCAAACACUAGCAAUAGGGGAUGAAGGAUUGCUGCUGCAGGACAGGGUGAGUGGGAGUGGGUGGAUAACCUCAGCCAAAACUGCAACUACUGUCCCUUACUUGAGAGACAAGGAGUCCAAACUGACAAAAACGGUGCAGAUUAAAAUUGUGUGCUUUGGGUACUGCUGGUUACAUUCUCACUGAGUAUUUUAUGUUAAUAUUUUCUACUUGUUGGCAUGCAUGUUUACUGUGGGGGUAGUCAGAACCUUCAGCAGUGUUUUCCAUGGAUGGGUCCUGGGGAGAGAGUGUGCCAGGCUUAUUGGCAUUUAACUAGGACUAACACAGCUUGUUUUCAUAGAGAAGGUAGUCAAAGCAGAAGAACUUUUUUUUUCCCCAAAGGUUCCCAGUAAGUAAGUAAAAAAUCCACAGGGGGGAAGAAAGAGAGUUAGAAUCUAUUUAUCAGAGAACUAAUUUAGAGAACUAAUUUCUUCACCAGUAGUUGGAGAGAGCCUGGACUGACGAGGGAGCAGCGGCUGCACUGCGUGAUCGGUGUGAGGAGCACGGGGCAAGGAACAGAAGCCAGCCUGCCGUUGUUCUGGGAGAUUGCUCUGCACUGUCACAGAUAAAGCAAGUUAUUUUAGAGUAAGUACUAAGCUUCAGUAAUCUACAGGAAUGAGGCUCCAGGAUAAGAAUGUCCUAAGCAAUUAGUGAGCGAGGCCUGUUAGUGCGGAUCCAGGUCACACAGUUCAGUUCUGCAAAAAAAUUACCAAAUCACCCUGCUGCUGGAGGUGCAGCAGUGAUGCAGGAGAGCAGCUCUGCCCUAGCCUGUAGAACUGUCCUGAGGGUCAGUGGGAAGGGGAAGGGAAGGUUUGCUCCUGGCAGAAUCCUGCCUGUGCUCUGCUGAGCUGGGGCUGUGAGCUCUGCCUGUGGCAUUCCGCAGCGCGCAGCAGCCGGGCGGGCCCAGCCUGAGCCUCACCGUUAGGUGGUGGUCGAGAACAAUGAGAAGAGAGUGCUCAUUGAGAUGUUCAGGGCAGCACUGGGAACUUGGCUGCAACUCUUCAGUGUAAUGGGGGCUAGUUUUUCAGUUGGGAUUAGGGAAAGCAAAUAUUUGAGCAUUAACUCUUUUUCUUCCCCAUCUUGAAUUAUUAGUGAGAUGUGCCACAUCUGCACAUGCAUUGUCUCCUCACACAUGCAACAUCAAAACCACCCACAUCCUACAUUCUGUUAAAACUUUAUAAUCUUUUCCUCUUGCCCUGUUUUAACACAUCUGCUGGAAGAACUACACCCUGAAGACUGAAAGAGGGUGUCAUUCAUUCCCACUGCAGAGCUCUGCCAGAUCUGGAAUUAUUAUGGUGAUUAGGGAUGCUAGGAGCAAUUUCCAUUCCAGUUUAUAAAUUGUGUGUUAAUCCAAAUCCAAGUAUUGCUUAGAACUGGUGUUUAGGAAGUGGUAGUAAUAGACAAGUUGUGAAGCUAAAAAUCAUAGAAGUGGUGCUUUGCUGAAACUACCAAAGCCCUAUGUUGCUGAUUUGGGUUUUUUUUUCCUGCUUCUUAGUAUAAACAUUUUCAAAUACUUGGAUAGAGAAGUCAUCCCUCCUAAUCAUAUACCACUGAUUUGUGACUUUCUGCUGGUAAUAACAGGCAAGCCGUCUCCAAUCUUGCUGGAGCCUGAUUAUAGCCAUUUUUUUAAACAGGCAUGUCCUGAAAUCUAGACUAAGUGCAGAUGAGAAUGGUGUUUUCCUUACCUUUUUGGAACUGUGAUUGCAGAGGGUUUUUGUGGGCUGUAGUUGCUCACCUUUUGGAGCCUGUGCUGUCAGUAGCUGAAGGGCACUGUUAGUGUUACAGAACUUGCAGCUGUUACUGGUUGUCCACUAAGGGACUGCAAUGAUUUAACACAGGUAGACACAUGUUCUUUUUCCCUAGGUUCCACUGUGAUUCCCAUUUUCCUAGUGUCUGUUCAAGCAGUUCAGUCCUACUCAGUGCUACCAGGCCUCCACUGAUGACAGUGCUGAGCAGUAAACACAAAUAAUUUCAGUACCAUUCAGCCAGAGAUGAUGCUCAGUGUGACAAGUGUUCAUUUAAAAUCCCUCUGUCACUUUGUUAGACCUUGCUGUAAAAGCAGCUCAGGAUUUUUUAUGUCAGAGUUGUCAGCUUUGACCAGCAUUUUUUUGGUCCAGUAGAAGACAGGUUUGAUGAGACAUGUGAGGUGUUAGCAACAAUCCUCUUUCAUCAAUGCUGUUAUCUUCAGGUCCUCAGGGAUUAUCAGCCACUGGCAUUGAUACAGAUAAAAUCAUUUUCACUGCAGUCUGUAGACUUCCUGUCCUUUCCUCUGUGGUUUUUCUGUGCACUGCCAGUGUAAAUCAGUCUGCAGCUGUCAGACAUACUUGUCUAGUUGAUGUUUUCAUGAUAGAUUGGAGCAGGAACUGAGACAGACAAACGAGAUAGUAGGGGUCAGCAUCAUCCAUGUGCUGAUGCUCUGGCACAGAGCUGCUGUUCUGGCUUCUGGGAGAUGGUACUUUAGGGAUGCCCCAAUAAUUCUUAAAAUACUUGGCUUUUAAGAAGCUCUAUUUUUCUAUAUAAUGUGUUUUUUGUAAAAAUGCUUGCAGAAAUAAAAAAUACUUAAAAAAAAAAAAAAA